AGUAUUUGAAUCUUAUCUCCGUCUGAUAAUAAAUAAAAUACGGGCCCUGCACUAAAGCAUACGAAUACAACAUACAAGUGACAAUGUUUGUUUCUUACCACAGUCAAAAAAUAAAAUGUCAAAUCAAAAUGUAAGUGUUAUAAUACCAUAAGUUUGUUUACACAAAAAGUGCAACACUGUACCAUCAUAAGCACGCGGGGGCGGCUUAUGAUAUCGACUCCCUUAGUAACCCCCCAGCGCCUCCGUGUCGCAGAUCCUCCGUUAAAAUACAAAAAACCCACAAGCUCGAAACGCAAUCGAUAGUUUACAACACAACACAAUCGUGACCCGCCAGAUAAUACGUACGGACGAUGAAGGCGCCGCGACGUAAGAAUAGAAAAUGAAGUGGUCGUCGUCGUCGUACGGACGGCGUGUCGUCGCAUUCACCGGUGGUUGUGGUUGCAGGAAAUGGAGGCGGGUGUUGUGAAAAUAGCCGAGGACAGCGACUUCGACAUGUUGAAGAAGCUCGUCGACGAUCACACCCACUGGAAGGUCGAAUACGACAAGGGAGAGGACGUUAAGAAAGGAAAAACCCAAAUGCAAGAAUACUUUGUAUGGACCAAGACGACACCUGGUUGCAACUUUAAAAUGGUCAAAGUACAAACAGUCUUCCAUAACAUACCAGCAAACACCAUGUUUGAUGUCUUACAUGACCCCGAUUAUAGGAAAGAAUGGGACGAACACAUGUUGGAUUCAGUAGAAAUAGGUUACCUCAAUCCCAACAAUGACGUCGGUUACUACGCCCUAUCCUGUCCUGCACCCGUAAAAAAUCGCGAUUUCGUCCUUCAACGCUCUUGGCUCGAUUUAGGGGAUGAAAAACUCAUUCUUAACCAUUCAGUCUUUCACAAGGACUACCCUCCACGUAAAAGCUUUGUCCGAGCAACCUCACACCUGACGGGUUUCGUGGUGCGGCCUGUCGAAAAAGGAUGUUUUCUAGGGUAUAUCUCACAGACCGACCCCAGGGGUAAACUACCCAUUUGGUUGGUGAAUAAAAUCACGCAAAAAUUUGCCCCUAAAGUAGUGAAACAGUUGAAAAAGGCCGGAGAAGGAUACGAGUAUUGGAAAUCAAGACAGAAAAAUCCCUUAGACAAGCCUUGGGUAUAUCCUGAACUAACCCUCCUUGCUCCAAAAGUGUCAAUAAGUGAUUGUGUGCCAACAAGUAGCGACACAACGUUGAGCUGUUCCUGUUUAGAAGACGACGAAACCGAAUAAAUCGCACGCUUGUAAGAAAACGAAAAAUAAAAAAUGUGGAUAUUUACGAAAACGAAUUUUUUAAUGUCAGACGGGUAAUUAGGGUCUAAAAUAAUAGUAUUUUAGCUUUUAGGUCACUUAUGUGAAUACAAAUUCGUUCUAGAAGUGAUCAAUUUUUAAAAAUUUAGAAACGUGUUAAAUAAUUUUGAUAGUAUUUGAAAUAAUAGUUGAUAUUUAGAUCUAGUGCAUUGUUAAUACCUCGUUGGGUAAAUUUAUAGAAUAGAAAUUAAAACAAAUAUUUAUGAAAACAAGAGGCCUAUUUGGUGUUAGUGUUUUGAAAGAAAAAAAUGACCGCACUAUUUACCCAAUUCAGAAAGAGCUUAUUACAAAAUAAUAUUGUAGUGCGGCUAUUUUUGUUUUGAUAUUUUUCUCGAAUUAGCCUGAUAAUAAUUUUAAUUCGCACAAGUGUUUAUCCUCUUCAAAUGAUUUUCCUUAUCAUAAUUAUAAUAAUAGAAUUUGAAUACACAUCAUAUUAAAUUAAGACCAAUUCAUAUUUAAGCAUUUUUAUUAGACAACCAGUCCUGCACUGGUGUAAAAUACAAUUUUCGAUCCAUUUUAAACUUCUCACUCGAGAUGAUAUUUUGAAUAGUAUGUAUAUUUGUCAAAUUUUAUAAAGAGUAUUAUUUGAUAAUUUUAGAUUCUAUUUAUAACUAUUUAGUAUUAUGUAAAAAUUCUAAUUAUAUCUAAUGUUAAAAAGAGUAUGAUAACAGAUAACCCAAAUUCUUAAUAAAUCAAAAUAUAAUUAAAGUUUUUCCUCAAAACCCAUAUUAUUUAAUUAUGUAUUUUCUAGAAAAAACAAGGAUUAUUUCUUAUAGACCACAAUUCAAACAGCACAAAUUAU